AUGGCUGCAAGACUUAUCAAAGAAGACCAUCUCCUCCGCAAAGACCGUCUCAAGCGCGCUGAGGAUGCCCGCCAGACGCUCACGGCAGAGUUCCAUAGUCUGGGAGCAUCUGUGGACAUUGAGCUGCGGGACCGCAUCACGAAUAUCCACUCCAAUGCGUUGGCGCUCGAGAAUCAGAGCAAGACGUUGAGGAAUAGGACUAGUGCGUUGGGGAAGACCACGAGACAGUGGGGUGGGUUGGCGGAUGGGGCGAGGACGAAGUUGAAGGAGAUUGGUGAUAUACAGAAUUGGGCGGAGAUGAUUGAGCAUGAUCUGUUGUUGAUCGAGGAGACACUGAGGAUUGUGCAUGAGGAUGAUCUUUCGGAUGAUAGUCAAAUGCAGUAG